UAGCAUGACAAGUGCUAUGGAGAGCGCGUUAGGACGAGCGGAUAAUCUGAGCGAAUUGGGUCAAUAUCGUGAAGGAUUUGACUUGCAUGUGCCACACGUUCUGCAAGGCUACGGAAUGCAAUAUCCCUAUCUUUCGUUUUUUUUUUCUUCACUGAUGAUCUGUCUUUUCCACUAAAACACUAAAACAGAUGCUAAACUACAGUCUAGCGGUUAUAGAGAGGUAUUAAUUUCCCUUUGCCGCAAGCAGAGUCGCAUUGCUGGCAAGGGAGCAUGUCUUUAUGUCUAUAUCCGCGGCAGUAUUCGGGCUUUUUUUUUUUUUUUUGGUUUGUUUGGCUGCCCAAACGGCUCAACGCACAGCCGAAAGCGAUUGGGAAGGGAGCCGAAACAGAGAGAGAGCAGCCGAGCUGAAAGCGUCAUUUUUUUCUAGCAAUGUCAAAUUCUUUCCCUUAUUCCCAUGUCUUAGUUCCGCUAGUACUUGUGCAUCUUGUCUCUUGUCUGUCUUGUGGCUUGUCUCGUCUCUAACUUAUCCCGAGUCGCAGCGAGUUCGGCAUCGCCACAGCUCCACCGUGCACACACUGUGCUCACAUGUCGGACUGCCGCUUGUGGACGGCCUCGCCGCCAGCGCAGGUACCGCAAACAGGCACUGUUUUCACGCGGCCACAGGCGGCUGUAGCAAGUACCGCGAUGGACCGCCGAGGUGGAUGCGAUGGGCGAGUGACCCGUGCGCGAUUCCGGAAGACUCACGGCAUACGGAGUACUUACAGUAUCUCUGCAUGUACUCGUCUGCCAUCAUCCACAAACUUACGGAGCAUCAAGUCCAGUAGUAGGUAGUUUGUACGUACAAACAAUCAAUGACCUUGCCCGCUUCUCCUUUUUUUUUUUUUUUUAUCUGUUGUUCUC